AUGUGUGAUAAAAGGAAAAGGUUUAACUCAGCUUUGACUUUCGAAGAAUUUGUCGAUUAUCAUAAUCAAUUACCAGAUACUCCUCAGCUUAAACCAAUUAAGCAGUCCGCUUUCUUUAUACCUGAAUUGGAUUUAGCCAAUGAUGUCUCACAAACAUAGUUGAAUAUUCCAUUAGAAACAAUUUUGGAAGAAGAACUGACAAGUCCUAAGGAAAUAAUAAAAGCAAAAAAGUCGAUAAAAAAAAGAUAAAGGUUUUUCAGUGAAAAUUCUCAAUACACAGUAAUUAAUAUUCUGGAGAGAAGACUACAGAAAAAGAAAUCUUACAUCCCCACUCUCUUUGAAUUAUGA